AUGACCGAAGCAAUGGAUCUCGACCCCCCUCCCCCCACCAGCACCACCUCCCUCCCCAAACCCAAAACCUCCAAACCCCUCCUCACCACCCUAACCCUCCCCACACCCCCCUUCUCCUACGCCAACCUCACCUUUCUAACCCCCUCCCCCUCCACAACCCAGCAACAGCUCGACCCCCUCCUCCUGAAAUCCUACCUAACCUCCGCUUUAUCUCAAUUCCUCGGCCAAACCGGCGCCGCCAUCCCAAUCGACAUCCUCCAAGUCGGCCCUGCCUCCUCCUGGGUCCGCCUCCCCCGCCCCGACCUCGCCGCAUUCACCGCAGCAAUCGCCUCAUUCAGCGGUCUAAACAACGGGAAAGAAAAACUGGUGCUCAGAGUAGAGGCAGCCGGGGAUUUCCUCGGGGCUCUUGUCGGCAGAGGGGAGGAACGUGAGAUUUGGGGAAAGUGA